UUUCAACGAUCAUACAGUCAACUGUAAAUCGUUGUCAUUAUAGAUUCAUAAAUGAAAGACUUGUUCUACUUGGAGGUGUAGAGAAGUUAAACCAUAUAUUUAAUACUCUCAAGUAUUAAAUAUAUGAGUUAAACAGCUGCAAAGAUCAAAAGCAGCCGACAAAAGCCAAUCAAACCCGAUUAUCUCUACAUUAGUUUAGGCGGGAAGUUUUGAUAAUUCAAAAUUGAUGAAAUGAAAUUUACAGUUGUUAAUUAACAAAAAUAUUUAUCAAAAUUUUUUUUAAUUAAAAUCUAAAUAAAACAUGGAAAAUCUAAGAAAUUAUACACCAGAAACAUAUUGAAAGUAGAUAAAAACAUAGAUUGAAGAUAGUACAGAUAAAGAAUGCACUUACAACGCAAGUGUAAUGCAUUGAAAGGGUGCACAGGCGCUAAAGCCUCUAGUACAGUUGGGAGCGAAAGAGAGGGAGAAGAGAGCCGUCAAGACAACAAAACUGAUGCGAAUAAACGAGGGGCAUAUAGACGAUCGAUAAAACUCGAAAACAUGAAUGAUUAUGAUGAGAAAGUAUCUUGUGCCGAGUUCAAAUAAAUUUGAAAAAGUUUAACACAUGUGUGAAUAUCAUAAUGAAAUAAAUCAAAGAGUUUCAAUAGAAAGAAACAAAUGAAAUAAAUAUUGAUAGUGAUAGUGGCUAUUUGUAUAUAAAAUACACAAAAUAGGCGAAAUAGCGAGAGUAUCAUUAAAGGUUGAUUAGCGCCAUGUCUCGCGAUGGACCAAUCAGCUGCUUGGUGAUUCGCCGUAAGACCUCGAAUCUGUCCACAGACGAAUGACAACAAAAGAGAUUGAUAGUGUCGUGAGAACAAGAAAGAAAGAUAGAGACUCAGAUAGAAAAAGAGAGAAAUAAAAGAAAGAGAAGAAGAAUAUCGAAUACAUCGUGUGUAUUUAGUGGUAAAGUUUAUACAUGAAAUUAUUUUUUUAAAAAUUGUUUCCUCUUUGUAUGUUUUGUUAACCGCCGCCGUUGUGAUAGAACGUCGUGCUGGUAGUGUGUAAAGUGCCGAGGAAUAUGAAGAGAAGAAAUGCCGAGUGUGGCAAGCUCCGGAGGCCCUUAAAACGUAACAAAAUCACCGAAGGAAUCUACGGAAGUACGUUACUUUACUUAAAGUUUCUGCUACUAUGGGCCAUGGUGAUUUUUGCAGACUUUAUUUUAGAGUUUCGAUUUGAAUUUUUGUGGCCAUUCUGGCUACUACUCAGGAGUGUUUACGAUUCUUUUAAAUACCAAGGCUUGGCCUUUUCAGUAUUUUUUAUUUGUAUCGCUCUUACAUCCGAUAUGAUUUGCUUCUUUUUUAUUCCGGUUCAUUGGUUAUUCUUCGCUGCCAGUACAUAUGUUUGGGUGCAAUAUGUGUGGCACACAGAUAAAGGAGUGUGCUUGCCAACUGUGAUGUUGUGGCUACUGUUUCUUUACAUAGAAGCUGCCAUACGAUUGCGUGAUCUACGCCACAUGCCGUUUCAUUUGGACCUUUGUAGGCCUUUUGCGGCUCAUUGCAUUGGUUAUCCUGUAGUAACAUUGGGUUUUGGUUUUAAAAGCUACGUAGGUUACAGAAUGAGACAAAGAAAGCAAAAAGACGUGGCAAAGGAGAAUGAGUUCUACUUGCAAUUGUUGCAGCAAGCAUUGCCUGUGGAGCAACAGGCUGUUUCCUCACAACUUCAGUCACAAUCACAAUCUCUGCUUGUAACGACAGAGAAUUCAAAAUCACAGCCACAAAGGCCAAAUACACAGCACAAUCCAAGCCCUGAAAAAAGUAGAGGAAAUAGUGGUGUUCCUACAGAUACUAAUAUACAGAAUGGUGGUAUACCACAUGACGCACACGCGUCACAAGCACAAAAUGUUACCACUAAAAAUAAUCACAGAAGAUCGUUUGAUAAAAGUGAUAAAGAUGAACAUAAGCAUAAUUCGCAUAAUUCUAGUAAUUCAUCGCAAGGUGAUAAAAAUGAUAAGAGGUUUGCUCAUAGUAAUGGAACAACUAUAUCUCAUCAUAAUGAUGCCCAUUUUAUUGAAAAAGUCAACUCAGUAAAUGAUGUUGAUAGUAAUGAAGUAGAGAAAGAGAAACCUAUUAAAGGAAAUUCUCAUAAUUCAAUAAAAUCACAUUUGAAUGGUUCUGCUGGAAAAUGGAAUCACGUAAAAGAAAAUCGUGAUUCGACGACGAUAAAUAGUCAACGAGAGCGAAAAGGUCGACAAUCUAAAAAUUUUUCUGAUACAUUAGAACAAAAACAACAGGAUGAAUAUUGUCAAAGAUUAAUUAUCUGUCGAAAACUUGAGACAGAUAUAAAACGUUUGAAAGCAGAUUUACAAUCAAGCCGACAAACUGAACAGGAGCUUCGUUCACAGAUAAAUACUUUACUUUCUGAAGAACGACAAACAAAAGAUGAUAUGCAGCAACUACAGCAUGAUAAUGAUCAAUUACAAACUAAACUCCAGGGACUAACUACGGCUCGCCAAUUGGACAAGCAGAUGAUAUCUUCGCUGGAGCGACGAAUUGCUGAAGAACGUCGACAACGUAAUGCGCGCGAAGCUUCAUUAGUUUCUGAAAGACGAGCUCGACGUGUAGCAGAGGAUGCUAGAUCGGCAAUUCCUCCACCACCUCCACUAAUUAGGCAAGAAUGCACUGAUGCCUGUAAAAGUCGAAGGGGACAGAUGGAGCAAGAUCUUAAAAAUUUAAGACGCGAAAUAAGAAACAAAGAAGAAAAAUGUUUAUCACUGGAAAAAGAAACAACACACUGUAAAGAUAAUCAUGGUGAAACCGAAAUUCUGUUGAAUGCAUUGACUGUUCUUCAAGAAAAAAAUUCUCACUUGGAAAAUAGUUUAAGUGCGGAAACAAGAAUAAAACUUGACUUGUUUUCUGCACUCGGAGAAGCAAAACGACUGCUUGAAAUAAGAGAAAAUCUCAUUAAAUCGCAAGAGAAAGAGAUUGAAAUUUUAAAAGCUAAAAUAGCGCAAGAUUUAGCUGUUAUGCCGCAGGAUACGUUUAGUUCAGUACCGACUUGUACUGCAUCGAUAUUGCGACUUAGUAACGACGUCCGUGUUGGUAAUUCGAAACUGCGUGGAACUGAAAGUCCGUGUCCAGGAUGUACUGUGUCAAAUCUUGAUCCAAAUGCAACGGCUUAUACGCCUAAAGGUUCGCUCAUUGCUUCGACUGAGGCUUAAAUAACUUUCUAAUUCCUUUUUCAUUAUGGUACAGGACUCAACGUCUAUGUAAGCAUUAUUUGGAAUUGUUUUUAAGUCGUAUAAUUUUUCCGAAAUUUAAAAAGAUGUAAGUUAUUAGUUGAAUUAGUUUUAUAUAAAAUUGUUGAACAGACCACCUUUUACAUAAAUAUUAUCAUCGACAAAUAAAGAAUAUUUGAGUAUGGUUGUGUUAAUUAGACUAUUAUUUUUGGGACAAUUAUCUUUUUAUUAAAUAAUAACUAUUUAACAAUGAUUAAAUUUGAAUUCUUUAAAAUUUUAAUUGAUAAAUUAAUAUUUGUAAAACCUGAAAUUGUUUAUUUGAAUCUCUCAGAACGUCUAAUUAACACAGUACGUAGGAUUUGCAGAAAAACAGACGACAGAAACACAAGAUGAAAAAAUGAAAGCUUAAAUUUAUGGAUGUGAGUAAUUUUUUUUUCUUUUAAAGUCAUAAACCCAAGCUAGUCCAUCAUGUGGAGUGUACUGUCGUCAAAAAAUUAAUAUUAUUUACAUUUUCAAUAAAUUUUUAUUCAUCAAAAAACUCCAGUCAAUCCAUUCUAGUUAUUCAAACAACUGCUAAAAUGGAAAUUCAUUAGAUCCAAUCAGUUAAAUGAUGACUUCGGGUUAUCAUUCACAUCACAACUCUUCAGCGCAUUUAAAAACUUUCCUGAGUUCAUCUUAUUAUCCUUGCAUUCUUUUUGAAGUGUUUUUUUUUUGUAAUUAGAUGAAUUUAUUAUUUAGAAGGAGCAGGAUAUUUAGUGAUUAACUAGUCAUUUGGAAAAUUGUUUUUUUGAGCACAAAGAGUUAUACAAAAUUGAGUAUUACAGUAAUUUAUUGAUUAUUUUUUUCUAUGAGAUUAAUAUUUUUUUCUAAACAAAAAAUACCUAUUCGAU